AUGCUCAAACCCAACCCACCACCAGUACAAACCUCUGACGCCGUGACCAAGCGCGCUGCCAACUCGGUCACUGCGGGCGAUUCGGCGUCCCCUACUUCCACGGCACCAACCCCCGAGUUGGAGAGGCUGGAAUGGACUCCUCCUUCGUCUCAGCCAGCCAGCAGGCCACCAAGCGUCAAGUCGAAAGGGGAACCAUCGUCUCGCAAAUCAUCUUUCUCCAAACCUGACGUUUCACACAUUGGGAUACAGGCCUCAUCGAACAAGGCUUCAUCCACGGCUGGCUCAGAUCAUGGCGGGCAACGAUUCACGCUAAAGGAUCUCCUAGCCAGUGGACCCAAGGUGCACCGAAGGCAAUCGGCGUCCAGCCGCAAGUCAGAUGCCUCCUCAGACCGAGGUGGCACUGACGCCCAGAGUACCACUAGCCUACUCAAGAAGUACGGCGUUUGUGAUAGGGUUGCCAUUGGAAAGGGAGCGACCAGUGUGGUCCGCCUUGCACACAAGUGGGACCGUUCGGAAGAGAAGCUGUACGCUGUCAAAGAGUUCCGAAAGCGACGAAAAAAUGAGACCGAAAAGGAGUAUGUUAAGAAGCUCACGGCCGAAUUUUGCAUUUCGUCCACGCUUCAUCACCUUAAUAUUGUCGAAACUGUGGAUCUCGUACAAGACGAAAAUCACAACUGGUGUGAAGUAAUGGAAUUCUGCCCCGGAGGCGAUCUGUAUGCUGCCAUCAAAAGGGGUGGUAUGAGUCCAUCCGAGGUUGAGUGCUGCUUCAAGCAGAUUAUCACGGGAAUUGCGUAUAUCCAUGGACAAGGUGUCGCCCAUCGGGACAUAAAGCCGGAGAAUCUCUACUUUGAUACCCGUGGCCAUCUCAAGAUUGGUGAUUACGGAGCAUCGACGGUCUACCGGCUUCCUUGGGAGACGACGGUGCACAUGUCUACGGGACUUUGUGGAAGCGAGCCGUACAUAGCCCCGGAACAGUUUUCGCGUCAACCUUACGAUGCCCGACUGGUGGACAUUUGGGCCGCCGGCGUGGUUUACUAUUGCUUGUUGUUCCAGGAGCUGCCUUGGCGAGUUGCUCAGACUUCGGACUCGUUUUUUGCUGCGUAUAAGGCCGCAUGUGAGGGAACGCCUUGGAGAGGUCCACCUGCACCACCGCCCCAAAUUUUCCCAACAACCAUCAGCAAUUCUUCCCCUCGCGCCGCUCGUCCGCUCCUGCGUCGGAUGCUGGAACCUGAUCCGACAUAUAGGUGUACGAUUCAGGAGGUCCUGGAUCAUCCAUGGAUGAAAUGUAUCGAAGUUUGCACUCUGGUUGAGAAGCCCUCCCACCAGCACACUAAUUUGCGUGCGAUUCUCAACCAAGCAGUACUUGUUGAAUAG